AGCCUAUCUGCAGCCCUUGAGCCAAACAUUCCAAUUCUUCAAACCUAUAAAACUUAGCUCAUCAAACUAUAUCUUUUAUAAUCUCAUUCUUAUAAUAUAUACAUAUAUAUGAACCGGUAGAAACUAAUAGCUUUUUGAGCACUCCUCUCUUCCUGUGUUUCAUGUCUUGCAGGGGGACUGAGGUCAUUACCUUGUUAACCUCAGUACUUCAAGACCAAACUCAGUGGGAGAAACCUUGCACUUUUCAUCCCCAGCAUUUCCUCACCAAGGAAGGAAAAUUCAUCAAAAGAGAUGCAUUCCUGCCCUUUUCAGCAGGUCAGAGGAUGUGUGCAGGGGAGUCCCUAGCCAAAAUGGAGCUGUUCCUGUUUUUUACCAGCCUUCUUCAGAAAUUCACCUUCUAUCCAUCUCCUGGAGUUUCUAACAGUGAUUUGGAUCUCACUCCAGACAUUGGAUUCACAACACGGCCACAACCCUACAAGAUUUGUGCUCUGCCAUAUUUCUAGGGGCUCUCCUGGGCUCUUUCAUCUGGCUCCUGGGUAUCUAUCAAACAGUCUAUCUGUCUAUCUAUCUGUCUGUCUAUCUAUCUAUCUAUUCUUUCUCUAUCUUCCUUCCUUCCUUUUGUCCUUCCUUCUCUACCAUCUACUUCUCUUCUCCUCAGGCUUUGCCACCCACCCAGAUGACUGCCCUGACCUCUUAAUUUCAUUUGCCUAAAGGAUCCUUCCGGUCUAAACACAGGGAUUCUUUUGGCCCACCAAACUUUCUCAACUAGUCAUUCAUUUCUAAUUGCUGUAGGCAAGCACGUAGCAGUUGCCUGUCUUCAGGGUUAAAGUAAAGGAAUUAAAACAUUAAUAGCAUUUGA